AUGAAUGCCGACAAUCCUGAGGCUGGAGCCGACGUUGCCACAAUUACCAAAAAUUCGCGGAAAAUGGUGGGGAACGAAGAGAACGAAGAUAGUUGUACAAAAUGUAAAGAGGAUAUAAAGGAAGAUUACUACACGUGUGACGUAUGUAAUGGGAAGAUUCACCAGGUUUGUGCACAGCUAAGUAGCUCAGAAGUGAGAUGUAUGCCUCUACAAAAAAGAACACUGCUAUAUGCUUGUGUAAACUGCAAAGAUGUUUUAAAGAAGAUUCCAAAUUUAGUUAUUUUUAUGGAAGAUAUAAAAAAACAGCUGGCUGAUAAAUCAACCACUACUCCAGUACCCAUACCAAUCCAACAAUCUCAAUAUAGUGAUGUUUUAAAGAAAAGGUGUGAGGAAGUGAUAGUUAUCAAACCAAAGGACAAAACACAAGACAGUUCAAAAACGAAAAAAGUAGUUGAAGAGAAGAUAAAUCCAGCAGAGAUAGGUGUAGGAGUAUCUAGAGUGAAAUAUGUAAAAGAAGGAGGUAUUGCUAUAAGUUGUACAAAAAAAGAAGACAUUACCAACAUAUCUGAGAAUAUAAAAGAGAAAUUGGAUAAGGAGUACGAAAUAAAUAUCCCAAAAAAGAAAAAUCCUAAGAUAAAAGUAAUAAGUAUUCAGCAGAAAUAUAUUGAGACUCCAGACACACUUAUUGAAACUAUUAUCAAGCAGAAUGGUAUUUCUACAGCAGAGGAUGAAAGAGUGCUCAAAAUAAUAAGCGCCUAUGAACAUAAAAGCAAGAAAUAUGGAAUAAUAAUAUUAGAGGUGGACCAGACAAUAUUUGAUGUAAUAAAUAAAAAAGAAGUGUUAUACAUAGGCUGGAAAAAAUGUAAAUAUUUUGAACAUGUUAAUGUCAUUCAAUGCUAUAAAUGCUGGAAAUUUGGUCACAUGGCUCAACAGUGCACUAAUGCAAAUGUUGUUUGUCCAAAAUGCAGUGGAAACCAUAAACAAGAAGAGUGUACAAGUGACGUCAAUGUAUGCGUUAAUUGUAAAUAUGCUUUGGAUGUUCUAAAACUACAAGUGCGUUAUGACCACACAGCAUACAAUAGAAAUUGUGAAGGUUACAAAAGAAUAUUUGAACAGCUUCAAAUGAGAGUAGCCUAUCCCCAAUUACAUGUGAAUAAACAAAGCAAAUAG